AUGCGUUUUUCCAGUUUAAUUGCAGGUGCCUCUUUGAUCGGUGCUGCUGUCGGUGCUCCAGCUAUCCAGCAUGAGCACAAGCGUGAUGUGGCUACUACCACUGUUCGUGCCCAAGUUACUGUUGUUGUAGGUGGCAACGGUCAAGCUAUUACCACUACUUCUGCCACUCCAGUUGCCGAGAAAGCUGCUGUUGAGCCAGUCACUACUACUUCCUCCUCUUCUGCUGCAGCUGUUGAGGUUGCCUCGUCUUCCUCUCAAGGUUCCACCGAGGCUGUUUCCUCUUCCAGCAGCUCUUCUAGUGCUUCUGCUUCCAGUUCUUCUGGUUCUUCUUCCGACUCUGAUGUCACCAUUGGUGCAGCCGGUGUCAAGGGCAUCACUUACUCUCCAUACACUGACAGCGGUAGUUGUAAGAGCUCUAGUCAAAUCAAAUCUGAUUUGGCUUCUUUGAGCGGAUACCCAGUCAUCAGACUUUACGGUGUUGACUGUGACCAAGUCGCUAACGUUCUACAAGCUAAGGGCUCUUCUCAAAAGUUGUUUUUGGGUAUUUUCGACGUCAGCGCAAUUGAAGGUGGUGUUCAAACUAUCGCUAGUGCCAUUGAACAAUACGGUUCUUGGGAUGAUGUUGUUACUGUUUCUGUCGGUAAUGAAUUGGUCAACGGUGGUGAAGCCACUCCAUCUCAAGUUGGCCAAUACGUCUCCUCUGCUAAAUCCGCUUUGAAGGCCGCUGGUUACACUGGUAGUGUUGUCUCUGUGGACACUUUCAUCGCCGUCAUCAACAACCCAGAAUUGUGUCAGUACUCUGACUACAUGGCCGUCAACGCUCACGCUUACUUCGACAAGAACACCGUUGCUUCCGAUGCCGGUAAAUGGGUGUUGGAACAAAUUCAAAGAGUUUCUACUACUUGUAACAACGAAAAGACUGUUGUCGUCACUGAAUCCGGCUGGCCAUCUCAGGGUGAGACCUACGGUGUGGCUGUCCCAUCUAAGUCUAACCAAAAGAGUGCUGUUGAGUCUAUUGCUAAGACUUGCGGUUCUGCCACUUACUUGUUCACCGCUUUCAACGACUUAUGGAAGGCCGAUGGUGCCUACGGUGUUGAGAAAUACUGGGGUGUCUUGUCCAACUAA